UAAAUGCUCAGUGUUGCCAUGUGCAAUCUCCCCUCACGAUGUAAUCUUGUCCUUGGUCAUUCUGCCCCCUCUGUGCAGAUAAAUUACUCAAUCUGCUCGGAGGAAAAAAUGAUUUAUUGGGAGAGCAAUCUCUGGCGACCUUUGAAACACGAACUUACUGAAGAAAAAGAGACCUGUACAAAGAGAAGGAUACACGUGGCUAAAUUGAAUGCUACAUUACAGCGAAACGUCCUUAUAUUUGUCAUUUAAUCUAGGGCAGUAAAGAAAGCGUGCGUGUUUGCCACUUUGCUAUAACUAACCGCAGAAUAUUGUUCGCUCAAGUUUUUUGUUAUUUUAUUUGGACUUUGUUCAUUAUGGUUUAGGUAGCUUGAACUUUAACCUAAUUUAAUAUUGCACAAAAUAAUUUACUUAAUUAAUGCUGUAUUACCGUUAACUAAUAUUUAACAUUUCAAGAAAAAUGCUAUCCUUCAUACUUUCCUGGCUGCCUGUACCUGGGUUUUUGGCAUUUCAGGCGAACCCACUGGAUAGCCUCCUACAAGGACUCGUGGGUGCGUGCGGUGUUUCAGUGCUUUGCAGUUUGAUGAGAGUUCACCUAUUCCUGAAAGCUACGAGCAACAAGGAGGAAAGAUAUGGUGAAAAGCAACCGGGCACCAAGGGAUGGGCUAAGGGCAAUUUGGGUGAGAUGCUCCAGUUCUGGUUUCUGACCGUGCUGCUGGGCUUAAUUGGUCCUCGAGUUGCUUCCCUUGUGGUUCUGGAAUUCUGUCUCCGAGCUGCGUCAGCCAGGAUCACGACCGGAUCGGAUGGGCUGUCAAAUUAUAUCCAGUCACACCUGGUCCAGUGCCAGUUCUCUCUGGGCUGUGCUCUGAGCUGCAGCCUGCAGUUCCUCCAGGAGGGGGCACUGCACCGGUCGCUCAGCCUGCUGACGGCGGCGGGGCCCAGCUGGCUCCUGGCCAGGCUCAGCGAGCGUCUGUGGCGGCACACAGCAGCGCUCUACCCGCUGCACAGCUCCCAGCGGUACUGUGGCCUGUGCAUGGGGCUCCUGGCGUCGGGCCGCGCCCUCCUGUCCCACCUGCACCGCGCCGUGGUCGUGGCCUUCGCGGUGGCCGCUGUGGCCGCCACCUCGACUGUCCACCAACACUUCCUGUCUGUGGCAGAAGCUUUCAGGUUCUGGACUCCAAUGACUAUAUGCUACACCUUGCUGGUGGUGUAUAUGCAGGAGGAGCAGCAUCGCCGCCCUGGUGGAGAGGUUUUUCUGCACACAGCGGUGAUGCGUCUGGGGGCUCUGCUGGGGCUGAUGCUGAUGUUGGGGACCUGGGCGGACGUGGGACACCUCCUCCUGUGCUUCCUAGGAGAGGCGGCCUGCCUGAUCCCCUCGCAGGACCUGAUUGACUGCAUGACGGAGGAAGGGAAUGACGAGACUCCAAGCAGACCCCCAAAAGUUUGGACAGUGGACUCUAAACCAGUGAUGCCCUCCAGCAAAGCACUGCACACACAAAUCACCCACACGUGUGCACACCCAAAGAGCACACGCAAAACGUCCACAUACAUAUAAGUACGCACACAUGCAUACACAAGCACAAAAGCACAAAACACACAUACACACGCACAUUUGCACCCAUAGAGACUUGCAUUGAGCAGGCAGAGACACACCUGAUAAGGUGGUGCUGGGUGCAGAGAAAUGUGAGAUGGGACUAUGUUCUCUGUAGGACCUGUGUGCUGAUACAUAUCUGUGUUCAAUGUCCUUUUCAAUCAUUUACCAAAUGCUUCCGUGUCAGCGACGAAGGUGGAGCAGGGAGUGGGGAGGCCAGACUGUAUGCUGGAAUUCCGCUGGAAUACACAGACUGAGAAAAUGGAGAUAAAUAGGAAGAGGUGAAUACGAAGGUCAUCCAAUUCCUUUUUCUAAAAAAAAUAACGUACAUUUUUCGUAGAGUAAGCAUUAUCGUUACAUAUAAACAGAGCUUGAAAUGGCGAAUUAAAAUGUGAGAUCAAUGAACCACAGGGGAAACUAGUUGGCUACACCCAAACAAUCACUUUUCCUGGGUUCAGUUUUUUCUGUAACGCCACCGCCAGUGUGUUUUCAGAGCAGUCGGCACAGAAUUGAACAAAACUGAUGUCUAUUUGAAUUGCAAGAAAUUCCAUUAUGCGUUUUGCUUUGGACAUUGCUCUGUUUGUACAUCAAAUUGAAAUAGCCUGGCCUUUUAUCUGCUUUCCACUCACACCCAGUGUGCAUUGCUCUUUAAGAACAAAGUGAGUGAAGUGGGGAUUAGAUAGGGUUGAAAACAUGCAGGAGCCGAAAUGGUGGAUAAAGGGAACUGGGGUCGGGGGGAACAGAAUCCUAAGUGUGUAAGGCCAAGGGGCGAUAAAGAAGCUGGGACAGGCAAUUCAAAUACGGACAAAUAAAUAACACUCCUGACAGAAACACCAGAUGUUCCUAAUUACCAAUUCUCCAGUAAUCACAUCGUAGAGGGGUUAAAAUAAUAAAGAUAUAGAAUGCUAUGAGUUAGUCUAAAGAGCUUGUUUAUGCAGUUGUCUUCAUAACCUUCUAUGGAUAAAUUAUAAAUAUUCCAGUUGUCCAUUGCAGUGAUAAUGUAUACUAUCUUUUAGAUGUAUUCACUUUGAUGUCCUAACAUACAGUUGACGUCUUUCUAUUUGUUAUUGUCUUUGAACCACCACUGCCUUUUGUUUGAGUUGAAAUGAUUCUGUACACGUUUGAAAGAAAGUUGCUUCAUAAAGAUGUUAAUACCUUUUGGCUAUGUUUUUCUUUUAUGUUUUGUUUACAGAGUGGUAUUCUUUUUGCAUCAGCAAGAUAUUGUCUGUUCAUGUUACUACUGUGCAUA